UCUAUUUAAAGUUUAAAUUUGUUUGCAGCUUGUUUUUAAGUUUUAUUGUUUUUAUUUUGUGGAAGUUUAAUUUUAAAACUUUUUUUAUUUAAAAAAGUAAAUAAUUUUAAAUUUUAAUUAAUUAAAUAAGAUUAAAAAAGUUUUAAACUUAAAAUUAUAAUUUAAAGUUAGUAAUUUACAAUAAUACAGAGAAAUAAUGGCAGAAGGUUUUUCAAAAGAAAUUGUAAAUUUGUUGGCCAGUUCAGAAAACAUUCCAUUGAUCAAUGAAAUUUCAGCAUCUCCCUUGCUAUUUUUCAACAUGGAUGAUGCGAUGAAGAUGAGGGAGCGCAUGGAAAGCAUGUUCAUAUCCCACGAAACUGCAUUAGAUGAUAAUUUUGCAUUGCCUGAAUCUUUCCAAAGUCCAAACGUUUUGGAAGCUCGAGUAAAAGAAGUGAUGACGAAAGCAUUCUGGGACAUAUUAGAGGAACAGUUGUCAGAAACACCUCCCACCUACACUCAAGCUCUCUCUUUGCUUGGGGAGAUUAAGGGGCAACUUGCCGAAAUGCUGCCGACAACUGAUAACUCACUGAAAUUGCUGGUCGACGAAGUGCUCGAUCUUGAUCUCAUCAAGCAAAAACUUGAUCAUUUGGCUUUUGAUCUGCAAACCUAUUCGCAGUUCAUUAUCGACAUCAUGGCCAAGAUUUGUGCACCGGCUCGAGAUGAGGAGGUCAUGAGGUUGAGAACAAUCUCUGAUGUUGUUUCACUCUACAGAGAAAUUUACAAAGUGAUGGAGCUGAUGCUGAUCGACCAUGCUAACGCCCACAUCAAAAUCAUACGGCCGUAUUUGAAAGAACACUUUGCCGAAGUCGAGCUUGCCAAGUUUCUCGACAUUUUGAAAAUCAAACUAGAUAAUGGAGUUGAUGGUUUGUUGUGCACGAAAGUUUGGUUGAAUAACAGUUUUAAUAAUACAUUGGCCAAACAAGUUCAGUUAAAAAAAGCAGUAGAAACAUCAACAACAUCCACAAACACACUGUCGCCACCUGCAACAUCAACAACAACAACAGUGAGUUCAGUAACUGCGGAAGAAGCAGAACUUGUUCGCGAUUUCCUUACAUCGGCAAACGUCGUAAACAUCAUAUUGAACAAUGCCUAUCUUAGUCUACUAACAAACACUUUUGAAACUCCAGAGACAUUAUUGUUGGACUACAAAAGAGUGGCCGAGCAGAAGGACAAGUUUGGAGCGUUGGUGCUCACCUCAUCUCUCCUGGUGGUGUCAGCUUCCUGCCUAGGUAGGCCACUUGGUGACAACAUCAAAAGUAAACUGAAGUCGCAAAUCUCCAUUUUGGCAGAAAAUGUUGCGAAAAGCCAAGUGAAAGAAACAGCCAUCAGCAUUCGUGAACAGAUCGUGAAGGAACUGAACGACUGGCUGAUGAACGAGCAGAAACUCCCAAAGAUGUCUGAAGAUGUUGAAACAAUGUUGAAAGAUCAACUUGAUAACAUCCUCGAUCCAAACACACCAUGCCCUCCUGUCUUCAGACUAAUGGGCCAGCGUUUGUGUGAGUUUUUCUUCGAGGUAAUAUCAGAUAGAAAGGACAUUCAGAUACCCCGAGGUUAUUCUCUUUUCACGGAGGAAAUCAACUCACUUGUCAAGAUGUUUUCUACUUUGGUCUCUUACAACAAAACUGUUUUUGGGAACAUUUACGGGAACAUCGUCUCAGACCUCAUCCGCAAAUGUUUGAACAAGAUCGAUGCUUCGAGAAAUCAAAGAGUGGACAGUGGUAGCAACACAGACAACUUCAAUUAUAACAUCAUCGGCAGCAACGUUGACGGCGCACAACCGGAUGGCAGUAGUGUUGAUUAAAAACGUACUUACAAUCUUUACAGAAACUGCAAUUUCGUAUUUUACUUCUAUUGUGAAUUUAUUAAUUGUAAAUCCAUCAAAGUUAUCUUAUAAAUAGAAUUGUACAUCCAUAGGAAGAUGGGACACUUUAUUUUUACUUGAACUGCUGCUGUUACUCAAUUUUUUUAGGACCGUGAAAUAACAUAUUUUACUCUGUCAUGAAUUUUAAAAAUAGAAAAACCUUGCAGGACAAAAAAA